GCGGUUGAGGGGGAGGAGGUGGGGCUCGAGAUCACUGCAUGUGGCCGGCGUCCCCUCGUGGUACCAAGGCCCCAUGGUCCAAACCAGACUGGUUUCUGUGGCCCAAACGCGGCCUUCUGUCUAAGCACUCCAAAGUGACAUUAUCAUCAGCGAUCCUGGACCAUUCAGAGUUAAAUGGAAUUGAUAAUACAGUUUCCAAAUGCAGCUGGAGCCUAGAGAAUGUGAAGAGACCCCUUCCCUUUUAUGGGGUUUGGAUCCUGUGUUUUUAGCAUUUGCAAAAUUGUAUGUAAAGGAUAUACUGAGCAUCAAAGAGUCCCACCAAGCUCCAGGUGUAUUUUUUUACAAUGGGCACCCAAUAAAACAAGUAGAUGUUUUGGGGACAGUAGUUGGAGUGAGAGAGAGAGAGUCAUUUUACAGCUAUGGAGUUGAUGACAGUACAGGUGUUAUAAACUGCAUCUGUUGGAAAAGCUUACAAGAUACUAAGUUAUCUUCAGUUUGCUCCAGUAUGACUGGUGGGCAGAGUUUACCCUCACUGUUUAGGAAACUGCAGGAAACCAGAGAUAAGAAAACUAAAUUGGAAAUUGGGGAUGUUGUUCGAAUGAGAGGAUAUGUCCGUGUCUACAGAGAGCAACGAGAGAUCCAUGCCUCCACUUACUAUAAAGUGGAUGAUCCAGUGUGGAAUGUUCAGAUUGCAAGAAUGUUGGAGCUUCCAGAUAUCUACAGAAAAGUUUAUGACCAGCCUUUCUCAAAUGGUACAGUAGUAAAAGAAGAGACAGUAAGCAAUGCAGGUACCCUGGACCUUUCUAGUCAAACAAGUUUACUGAGUAAAAAAAUCCAGGACUUCCUUGUUGAGAACAAAGUGCAAACCUUUUACCAACAAGAGCUAGAAGCUGUGGAGUCUUUGAUAUCUACAGCCAGUCAGCCUGUUGUUGACAGGUCCUGUUCUGAACAGGUGAAUUUAGAAAACCGUCCAACUUCCAAAGCAAUUCACAACAUAUUUAAGGAAGCCAUACAACUACUGCAGAAGAAGGGAAUUGUCUUCCAGAAAACGCGUGACUUUACUGACCUGUAUUAUGUGACAAGUCAAGAUAAGGAACUACACAAAAAAAUCCUCAGUAUCAUUCAAGAUGAUUGCCAGAAACCAAGGCAUUCUGAGAAGGGUUGCCAUUUCCUUCACAUCUUGGCCUGUGCUCGCUUGCACCAUGACCCCAGCAUGAGUGAGGCAGUGCUGCAUCAGGUUUUGGAUCUCCUGGAGGACAAGAGUGAAAUAGUCAGCACAAUGGAAAGAUACUACACAGCGUUCUGAGAGGAAGGAAUUCAUUCUGAACGAGAAAACCUCUUAGAGCAGAGGGCAGGGGCUGGAAUUGUGCCCAGCAGGAAGACAUAGAAGAUGGUAUUCAUUUAUCACAUUUUAAAAUAUUUAAGUGGCUAUAACUUUGGGAGAAAAUUACUUUACAAUAAAAUAUAAAAGCAC